AUGUCGGACGAUAAGAAGGCACUAGAGGAGGUGCAUGGCAUCUCCACUGCCAUUGACGACCCAGCACGCGUUCUACCUGGAUAUGGGCAGACUACCAAGCGCGAGGGCGCAAAGACCAAGGAGGUCCACAAUGCCGAUCUGUUCGCUGCUAUCGAGGAGACUAAAAUUGAAAGAUGGAGCAAGAAUUCCAUCCACUUGUACUUCUGUAUCUUCGUCGCUUUCUGCUGCGCCUGUGCCAAUGGUUAUGAUGGUUCGCUGAUGGGAUCGAUUCUCGCCAUGGACCAUUAUCAAGACGUCUUUAAAACUGGCAUGGAUGGACCCAAGGUUUCUGUUGUUACUUCUCUCUACACAGUUGGAUCAAUUGUCUGUACUCCAAUCAGUGCUACUAUUUCCGACAAACUUGGCCGUCGCAAGUGUAUGUUUGUGGGCGCCUGGGUGAUUAUUAUUGGAUCUAUCAUUAUUUCCAGUGGCCAUACUCUCGCACAAUUCGUUGUUGGCCGCUUCAUUCUCGGUGCGGGCAUUCAGAUUAUGGUUGUUUCCGCCCCUGCCUAUGCAGUUGAGAUUUCUCCGCCUCACUGGCGUGGUCGUGCCGUCGGUUUCUACAACUGCGGUUGGUUUGGUGGCUCCAUCCCUGCUGCUGUUAUCACAUUCGGCUGCGAAAAGAUUGGCAACAACUGGCAGUGGCGUAUCCCCUUCAUCUGCCAAUGCUUUGCUUGCAUUAUCGUCAUCAUCUCCGUUUGGUUCAUUCCCGAGUCACCUCGUUGGCUCAUUGCUAACGGCCGGAACGAAGAAGCCAUUGCGUUCCUGGUCAAGUAUCACGGCAAUGGUGACCCUAACGCUCGAUUGGUCCGCCUUGAGAUUGAGGAGAUGAAGGAAGGUAUUCGAAUCGAUGGUAUUGACAAGAGAUGGUGGGAUUACCGACCAUUCAUCACUACCCACAGUGGACGCUGGCGUUUCGCUCAAGUCAUCAUGAUCUCCAUCUUUGGACAGUGGUCCGGCAACGGUCUCGGUUACUUCAACGCCACUAUCUUCAAGGUUAUCGGAUACGAGAAGAGCUCUACCCAAUUGUUGCUCAACAUCGUCAACUCUAUUGUCUCAGCUGUGGGUGCACUUAGUGCUGUGUACUUCACUGACAAGAUGCGUCGUCGCCCUGUGCUUAUCUUCGGUACCCUUGCAUGCGCUGUUACCCUGGCUAUCAAUGCCGGUAUUCUACAGGAAGUUGCCAAUACCGGGACAAUCAACAAAACCAAGGGACAAGCUGCCCUUGCUUUCUACUAUCUUUUCAACACCGUCUUCUCGUUCACCUACACCCCCCUUCAGGGUGUCAUUCCCGCUGAGGCAUUGGAGACAACAACUCGUUCCAAGGGUUUGGCCUUGUCAGGCUUCAUGGUCAGCAGCAUUAGUUUCAUCAGUCAGUUCGCUACACCUAUUGGUCUUGCAGACAUCUCCACCAACUACUUCUGGAUCUUCGUCGGUUGGGACGUCGUCGAGUCCGUUUUCUGGUACUUCUUCUGUGUCGAAUCCCAGGGCCGAACUCUGGAGGAAUUGGAGUGGGUCUACCAGCAGCCCAACCCUGUCAAGGCAUCCCAGAACUUGGACAAGAUUGUUGUCCAGAGCGACGGAACCGUCACAGAGAAAAUUGAAGAUGAUGCGUAA